AGCAAGUAGCGGCAGCGUGCCAGCAGCAGCAAGCAGGAUCUCGCGAAAAAAGAAGAGACUGGCACUGGCUAGCACCGCGCGAGAAGAGGACCGGAGACCUAAUUAUGGCAAAAUAUUGAUGUACUGCCCUGUUCAGACACACUCUGCUUGCCUCGAUACUUCGUCAAGUCGCCCAACCACGCCGCUCAUGGCAUUCGACCAUCUCCACCAUGCCAUGACCCCCCCGUCGUCCUGCUGCAUAUUCCCCAAUUGUGUCCCCCUCGGCACGCGGUGGCUUGCACCUUGCACACCUUGACUGAUCCCCUUCCACUGGCUUGACAGGGUCCCUCGACGACAAGCACCCCGGUCUAUGCAGCGUCUUGGCUCGUCCAGAUGAGCCGGACCGUAUCCGCUCCCAGAUACCUCGACCGUUCACUGAACAGCUCUAAUUUUAUGGUCAAGAUUGAUCGUCCAGUGACAAGUCAGCUCCAAAACUUAGGCGCCAUGCUCCAUGUUGCUUGACUUUCUUCCCAUUUGGCUCCAUCACACCCCGUCCACACUGGCACACACCCCCUUCGAGCAGCAGCCUCUCUUAUUUUCCAUCGUCUUUUCGAUUCCUUUUCUUUUCUUUUCCCUUUCCGUCGUCAGUCUGUAAGCAAGAAAACCCUCUCUCUCCUGCUUGUGUGUCUCUGUAAAAUUUCGAGUUGCACACUUGACAGAAUCUUCCUGCAAGACAAGCGCCGGCACACCCCCUCGACGAAGGCCUAUCCAGUGAGCUUUCUCUCUCUACGUCCAACAACGCCAACUUCAACAGAGACAACCUCAUCGCUUCACACCCUUCCACCUGCGUCUAUAGCGUCUUGCCCCCCCUCCUCAACACGUCCCGACAGACUGUAACCGUCUUUAACACGCCGGCUCCCAGACUUUCUUCUCUUUCUUCUCCUGUCCUACCUUUAUCCGGUAACUCACUGGCAACGAAGAAAAAAAAAAGACCAGCAGCCCCGCGCCGUAAAAAGAGAGACAUUAGAGUGCAACGGCACAACCAGCAACCGUAACACGACAGCAGGCAGACGAUACCGCUACUCUAGGACGCCUACGAAGAGCUUUGCGAAAAGUCUCUGCAACCUGGAAACGUGGAAGGACAGCCGGCCCGGGAACGGACAUUGAACAGUGCUUCAUGUGAUGGUUGGAUUGGAAGAAGUGUAGCUUCCCGACUGCCUUUGGUUCGCCACGAAGCAGCCGGACGGUGCUGUGAUCGUCUCGGAUUGGUGAGUAGGCCUGUCUCACAGGAGUCACCCACCUGUUUCUCGGCUUGAGAGGGCUCAAAGGUCCUGGUCUGGCAGACACGGACCUUGCAGCCGUUGCCCUGCCUUGAAGUCGUCCUCCCCAAAUGCAGCUUGCCGACUAACAUCGCACCGGGUCCCAGAUCGAAAUCCGAAAAAGGAUAUAGUGCCAUCAUGUCCGCCUCCGCGAGAAACCGAACCGCUACCGUCAGCUCCGGGCAGUCGUCACAAAGAGGUCGGAGCAAUGAGAUGCAGGAUUUCAACAUGUCGCAGCCCAACAUCAUGCGGUACUUCGAGCCAUGCGCCGCCACGGCGUCCAUGUUCUUGUAUGCCCAGGGUUCUUCCAUCGUAUGCUGCCACCACGACACUCUCACAAUAGAAAGAAGAUUUUCAAGACACUCGGACGAGGUGCAGUUGCUCGCAGUUGAUACGCAAAGCGAGAUUGGAGCCGGAAGGCUGGUGGUUAGUUACGAUGCCGGGCAGACAGCCAUUGUCUGGGAUAUUAUGACGGGCGACGAAGUAGCCCGAUUCGCUUCAUACGAGCACUUGACAACUGCCGCGUGGAUGCGCAAUGGCAAUGUUGCAUUUGGUAAUACACAGGGCAACAUUAUUCUAUUCGAGCCCACGACAUCAGAGCAUAUCUCUUCGAGAACGAUUGACCAGAUUGCCGUGACAGCGCUCGCACCAGCCGCAGACUGUAGGACAUUUGCGAUUGGAUACCAAAAUGGCUCGUUGUUGGUCGCAACUCUUCAGCCGCGAUUUACUAUCCUCCACAACCUAGGCACAUCAAGAGCACCUUCGCCUAUCGUCACGCUCAACUGGCAUGCCUCGUCGUCUCGUCAAAAAUCGGACAUGCUGGCAUCACAGACCCAUGAUGGUGACCUCCGAGUUUGGAGUGUGUCCAAGUCGUACAGCAGCGAUGACCCCGCCAAGGUUGUGAGGAUUCUCAAGCGCACCGAUAACUACCAGACCGGUCCCAACUGGAUGGGCUGGUCAAAGAACGGCCGCAUUAUCCAACAUUCUGACUCGGAAACACUAUCGUGGGAUGUCCGUACUAAGCACGUUACUUGGGAUAGUAUCCCGACGCUCGAGCAUGUCAGAGGCCUGGCCGUGUACGGCCCUGGCGCCAGCCUCUUCACCCUGGGAGCCAACAAUACCGUACAGCAAUUCGACCUCAACACCCCUUCCAUCAUAGUUGCUAAUGUACAGCACCCGGCCAACUUGUUGCCACCAUCACCGCCUGUCUCGAUAGAGGAACAGCAGGGACAGAAGACGUCAACAACCAUCGUUACCGACUCGGAUGCCACAUCUGGUUCAAUUGAGCUCGGCAUUUCGGAGAGUGACGAAGAUCACUUGUCUCCCUUUGACCGUAUAGUUAGCCGGAAGGACACGGGCACACCCAAGGCGCUCGACCCUUACGAUGCCGAUACCGCAAGCGCGGCUUCUAGCCGCAGCGGACUGUCUUCCAUCUCGCGAUCCUCCGGAGGAUCUCGGACGCCCGGCCGGUACCCGUCGUCGGCCGUCUCUCGAGGCAUGACUGAUAACACCUACAUCUCUGCUGGAUCGUCUCUCAGAUCUUCUGCUGCACCUUACCAAGAACGAGACAUGUAUUCCAUGAGCGGAACGUCAAUGAUGAGCGGCACUUCCAUGUCCUCAUACCGCUCUCGCCGUUCUAGGCCAUCCCGUCUGCGAAAUGAGGUCUUGCCGAGCCCUGUCGACAGCAAGGUUCAGGAUCUCUUCAAGUACACCAGGAGCCGGCUCAGCGACAUUCCUUACAAGCACCCGAUCGGAAGUGACCAUAGCCGACUCACAAAUGACGAUCUUCGCAAGCAGAUGCUGAGCACCAUCUUUGGAUGGAACAAGGAGAUUGACGACUUGGUCAGAGAGGAAUUGAGCCGACACAAUGCGGCUUCACCGGCGCGCAUUCUUCUGAUGAGAUGGCUGGGCGACAUUGACGCAGAUGUCAUGGCAGCGAGCUCAGCCUCAAUGACUUCUUCUGACUGGAUGUUGCUAGCCCUCAGCGGUAUUGGAGGCCAAGCUUCGCAGCACAAGCUGGGGCGCGCCUACGUUCAAAGACUCCUUGAGCACGGUGAUCUUCAUGCCGCUGUUACCAUUCUGAUUGGCAUGGGUGAUCACAAUGAUGCCAUUGAGAUUUAUGUGUCCCACAAGAAGUACAUGGAGGCGCUUAUCCUGACUUGUCUCUUUUAUCCCGCCGUCUGGGAACGACAAGCAGCUAUCAUCAAGAAAUGGGGUGAAUGGGCUGUCAUGCACGGGCAACAGCAGCUUGCCGUGAGAUGCUUCGCCUGCACUGGUGCCGAGUCUGACGAGCCAUGGACAUCACCAUCUGCUGCCCAAGUGACCUUCCAGAGCAUCAACCAGAACGUCCAUGAGAAUAUCCCGGAGGUCCUGUCACCUCCUCUCUCGCCUCCCGGCAUCAACCGUGGACCCCAAAGAAGCAUCGCCAAGACGUCCGCCCUGAAGCUUAUCACGUCAUUCGGCGAGCAGCAAGGAAAGUCAAAGUUCUUCUCUCAAGGAGACGGCGGACAGACUCCUAUCGCCGCCGGCCCAACACCCAUCGCCGACUCUGCAGUCUCCCCAGGUGGAUACGAUGUCACAACUGCCUUCAUCCGCCCACCAAACCGCAGCCAGUUCAACACCCCGAACUCCGCGAGAUCCGGAGCAUCUGCCUUCAGUCGCAAGCGCCUCCCUUCCAUCGGUGAGAUUCCGGGAGACUUGUCGCGCGAACAGCUUCAGGUUGACGUUGAGGAAUCUCGACGUGCCAUGCAACUGCGCAUGUCUUCUGCCGAGCAGGAAAAUCUUGCUGCUGGCCUGUCUCUGCAGAGGGCCGCCACAGCAAGCCCGAUGAUGAUGCGUGACCAGUACAAAAAGAUCACCACACGGACAAGGGAAGCGCCUCCCCCAUCUCCUGAUGCUAGAAUGAUCAUCAAGAUGGAAGGCAGCAUGGCCCAGCGCAACGGUUCCCGAGACCGCAAGCCAAAGGGACUUCAUCUUGAGCUUGCAGGUCUGAACAACAUGGCCAAUGAGAUUACCUCCCCCGAGCAGUCGGUGGCAUCUUCCACCCGUUUCCACUGGCCUUCCCGACGUAGGGGACCUGGCUCCGUUACAGGCUCUGUUACGUCUCAAUCCACCACCGGCAAAAGCAUCCGCAGCAACACUACAGGUGGACGACAGGACUACAUCCACAGCCUCGACACUGCCCAGCGCUUGCAACAACGCAAGCAGCGAAGCCGACAUGCCAGUCGAGAGGGCAAGCGCGAUGGCUCCCGUGGCCGCGACCGUGACCACAGCCGCACUCGCAAGACAUCUUCUCGCGAAGCUUCCGCUGAGCGUGGCCGUGCCUCUAGCCGCAACUGGCCCAAGGCAAAGCGCUCCCCAACCUCGCCCAUCCCCAUGUCGCCCGAGGAUCUCAUCAACUUGAGCACACCCAAGUUCUUGCCGGACGUCGGAGAGCCCGCCACAGUGAGGAAGUCUAGCAAGAGCCGGAAGGGUACUAGUCGUGCAUCCAGCCGGGGUAGCCAAGGCCGCAACAGAAGCCCCGAAGGCAGACAUCGCCCUCCUGCGCUUGAACUCCGCGGCCGAAGUGCGGACCGGACUGGCUCUCACGCCAGGUCACCUUCGUCUCCUCUACCUCUGUCAGCCAAUCUUGUCCACUACCAGGGGUCUGAAGACGAGGAGGACUAUGUCAAGGCUGUUGUUGCCCAAGAGAACUUCAGAAACAGACACAACAGAAGCACCAGCCAGCAUGGGUCCCGCAAGGCGCUCUCACCUGAGCUUACCAGAGAAUUCCCUCGACGAGACCGAUCUGAGAGUCGCCGCCGCCACGCUGGUGAGAACCUGGAUCAAUCCCGCGAUAUCGCGCCUCCUCAAUCCAAGUCUCGUGCCGCCUCUACAGAGCACGCCGGAGACUUGAAGGCCAUGAAGGAUGAGAGGCAGCGUAAGAAGGAGGAAGCUGCUCGCGAGCUCGAGGAACGUCGCAAGUCCCUCGCACAGCGUCCCUCGGCGCCACCGAUUCCCCACCCCAACCAUAUCCGAAUCGGCAUUGAGCCAUCUCCAAGUGCCAUUGAGCUUCCGCCUCGCAGCCACACUGCCGACCCUACUACCAACAGAAGCAUGUACGCACGCAGCAGCUCGAAUGUGCACAUUGGUCUGCCCGCAACGCCCAAGGCCAUGCGUCUCAUCAUCGAGUCGGACAAAGACAAGAACAGCAUUCCGGUGCCCCCGAUCCCGGCUACGUUUGCCCAGAGACAUUCCCCGGUGACUUCUCCCCAGCAGCAGUCCCCCGAGAAAGAGCAGUCUGCCGAGACCCUCACUUUGCUCCCUCAGACAACUUACCAGCUUCCUUCCACGGUCUAUCAACCUCCCAACCGCGGAAUGAUUCCUCGCAGCAUGUCGGCCCCGCCCAUCCCUCCUGAUGCGCCCUCCCCUAGAGGUCCUAGCGCCAGCAGCAAAGGUCUUUCUCGCGGUCCCUCCAUGAGAAGAGGUCACUCUGGUGAGAUUCGCACUGUCGACGACAUGAUCCGGGUCAGACGUGCCUCCCAAGAGAGCAACAACUACGGAAGCAUCCCACCGCCGCCGCCUCCUCCUCCCGCUCCGCCAAUGCUGAAGGAGCUUCAGCACCUUGCGAUGCCUCCUCCCCCGCCCCCGGCGCCUCUCCCGUACACCGCCCACAUCCAACCCGUGACCAUGGGUUCCGGUAUGAUUGAGAUUGUCAUGGACGAUGAUGACGUUAUCCAAACGACUAUUGCUGCUCCCAUGGACACAACAGUCCCAGUACUUCCACCACCCGCCCCGCCCGUGUCCAAGGGUGGUCACAGCCGAGGACGCAGCUUCUCUGAACGCGACAACAGCAUCGCUGGCCGAUUCUCCAAGGCGACCGACCGCUUCAGGUCCGGCAGCCGCAACCGCAAGGAGCCCUCAGCGCGGCCCCGAGGUCAGGAGGACUACGAAUACGCCCCUUAUGAGAGCGUACCCAUGCCAAUGAACUAUAGCCGCGAGUCGAUGCGAUCUCCCCCCGCCAUGGCGCAGAAGAGCUUGCCUACUGGCCUGCACCACAGCGAGAUGAUUUAAUUUCGUCUUCUUGCUGAAAAAGUUCCAACACUCCCCAACCCCUUAAUUAGCUUUACACACCACAUUUCGAUUCGUUGCAUGGCGACAGGCGUUUCUCGAUGAAUCUCGAUACCAUUACUUUUUUUCCCACGAACGACGAACACGAACAACACUACUUUGCAGUGUGGCAGCUCUGGGGCCGCCAGAACCACAACAACAGCAGUUAGAAGCCGCCUUUUGUAUACUUCGAGUCUAUCCUUGACGACGAACAUUGGAAUGCGGAGUGAAAUGCCAUUUCUUCUCCAAUUUCUUUUCAUCUUUCAACCUCUUUUUUCGUUACACUUCUUGUUUUGCAUUCUUAACUUCUCAAAUGAUGACUGAUGAUGGCUGGAUCUUGGGAUUUCGGGGCAGAGCCGCGAGGCAAUACACAUGAACACACGAUACCUGUAGUGGGAAGAGCGGCCAUGUACGUGACGGAAUGGACAGACGCCGUGGGGGAAGGUCGAAGGGGACCAAAUGGAAACGAAAACAGAGAAAAAGCUGGAUGGUUUUCAAGAUGACACCGUCUUGCGCCAAUGAGUACGAUGAGAGCGAGAGAAGGAGGAGGGGGACGGAGGGGUUGGAACGGGAUAGGUGAAAAGGGACCGAAAAGUGCUGGAAACGCGUGUCUUACAAUGUUGCCUCACGGCAUCUUUGUUCAUCUAGUUGAAGGGUAGGGGAUUCUUCCUUCCCCCGCCUCUUUUCAUUUCUUCAACUUUUUAUUUUCUUUUCAGGUCUGCUUUUCCAAGUCGUUGACUGGAUUGCAACUGAUGUUGGUCUUUUAUUCCCUUUUCUAGCGGGUGGUGAUAGCUACGUAGCUUGCUCGUCGAGAUGGCCAUAUACAGGCUGAAUAUUGAGAAGAAUGCAAUCUGAUUCCGAG